UCAAACCUCCCAAUGCAAUCGCCGUUAUAUAUAUAUAUAGAUACAGAACUGCAUAUAUAUAUUUAUAUAUUAUAUAUAUCAUAAAAUCUGCAUAACGAACUUCCCCUUCCUCUCAUCUCAAGUUUCUCCGAAUUUGUCUCCAUUUCUCGAACACCCAGAAUCCGAAACUCUCCCUUCAAACCAAGUCUCUGAAUCCGUCAAAUUGGUUUUCUUUUCUUUAACCAUUUGACGGAUCACGAGUUCAUUGAUUGAUUGUUAUUUGAGUUUUGUGAUCUCUGUUCUUCCUAAGAGGAAUAUUGGCGGGCUUCGGUAAAUAAUAAAGAUGUUGGGAAAUUUCAUCACCAGAGGUCUUAUUUUAUUCCUCGGAUACGCAUAUCCUGCGUUUGAGUGUUUCAAAACGGUGGAGAAGAACAGAGUGGAGAUUGAAGAGCUUCGAUUCUGGUGUCAAUACUGGAUCAUUGUCGCGUUGUUGACAGUUUUCGAGAGAAUUGGGGAUAUAUUCGUUUCAUGGUUGCCAUUCUAUGGUGAGGCGAAACUAGUACUCUUCAUCUACUUAUGGUACCCAAAGACAAAGGGAACUGCGUACUUUUAUAAUACCUUCUUGCGGCCUUAUGUAUCAAAGCACGAGACAGACAUUGAUAGGAACUUACAGGAGAUGAGAGCUAGGGCUUGGGAUUUGGCCAUUUACUAUUGGGGAAACUGCACAAAAAUGGGGCAGUCAACAAUUGCCCAAAUUAUUCAAUUCUUGCUUUCUCAAUCUUCAAAAGUCUCAAACGCCACCAAUGAGGUAUAGUUUUCUUCUAUUAUUUUCCCCCUACUUUGGUUGCCAUAAUAUUAUCACAUUCACACCCUUCUGAGGUUCAUCUGCACCACUACCAUAUUGCAAAAAUAGUUAUACAUGGUGUCAGACAAUACCAUGUUAUUGGUAUAACUAAUCAAUUAAAAUGUAGAAUUCAAGGUGCCCCCAAAAACUUAUAAACUUGAAUUGAACAUUUUGAUUGAUUGGACACGUCAAUAACUUAAUAUAUCGGGGCACUCUAGAUUUACUCGUUAAGAAAGAACCAUGACAUUUAGACAUGAUUACACAGUUAAACCCCACCAUA